AUGGUGUUUUACAAAGUCACGUUGAGUAGGUCGCUUAUCGGUGUGCCACACACAACGAAGAGCAUUGUCAAAAGUUUGGGUUUAGGUAAAAGAGGGUCCAUAGUCUACAAAAAAGUAAACCCGGCCAUAGCUGGCUCCCUAGCUAAAGUAAAAGAGUUAGUCAAAGUAGAAGUAACAGAACAUGAAUUAACACCAUCGCAGCAACGAGAGUUGAGAAAGUCAAACCCUGGGUUUAUAGUGGAGAAGAGAACCAUCGACUGA